GUGGCUUCAAAUGCUUUUGAGUGGUAGGUACACUCGGGAAACACAUACCUACCCCCUUUUGAUCUAUAUAUCAAAACUUCCCACGUCUUAACACUUCCGAGUUCACCACCCGUCCCUCACAUCACCGACUUCCACCGGAAGUGGAAACAACCGUUGACUUUGCAUCGGCGACUAUUGCCAUUAAUAGUGAAGUAAAAAAUGGAUAAUGGACUUGAAACGAAGCUACUGAGACAUGAAGAAGAGGAGGUAGAAGGUACUUUGACAGAGAGGGUCUGGACCGAAUCCAAGAAGAUAUGGAGGGUCGCAUUGCCCGGUGUUAUAUCAAGAGUCUGUGCAUUCGGAACCAUCGUCAUCACUCAAUCAUUCGUCGGCCAUAUAAGUGACAUAGAUCUUGCUGGUUACGCACUUGUCCAGACCCUAAGUGUCCGAUUCGUCAAUGGAAUUCUCUUGGGGAUGUCGAGUGCAACCGAGACACUCUGUGGGCAAGCGUUUGGGGCCGGACAACACCAUAUGAUGGGGAUUUACCUGCAACGAUCUUGGAUCGUCGACUUGAUUACUUUGACUAUUUUGCUGCCAAUUUUCGUCUUCGGGACACAAGUUUACAGACUCCUGGGUGAAGACGAAGCCAUAGCUGAGAGUGGUGGAUACCUGUCACUGUGGUUCAUCCCUUUUGUCUACAACUUUGUUUUUAGCUUGACGAUACAGAUGUUUCUACAAGCGCAGUUAAAGAACAUGGUGAUUGCUUGGCUUUCGAUCUUCCAGUUCGGCAUUCACAUCCCAUUGUCGUGGCUUUUGGUCUAUAAAUUGGGAUUCGGGGUGCCCGGUGCGAUGAUUGCGUUGUCGGCGUCGUCUUGGUUUCUUGUGAUCGGAGAAUUUAUUUACAUUUUUGGCGGUUGGUGUCCUUAUUCAUGGAAAGGGUUUACAGUUGCUGCAUUUAAAGAUUUGGUUCCUGUUGUGAAGCUUUCAAUAUCAUCUGGUGUUAUGGUCUGCUUGGAGCUAUGGUACAACGCGGUGCUGGUCUUACUUGCUGGAUACAUGGCGAAUGCAGAAGUUGCCAUUUCUGCCUUUUCCAUAUGCUUGAACAUCAAUGCAUGGGAGUUUAUGAUAAGCCUCGGCUUCUUAGGCGCUGCAUGUGUACGCAUUGCGAAUGAACUUGGAAGAGGAAACGCUAAAGCUGCAAAGUUCUCAAUUAAAGUUUUGUUGGGAACUUCAAUUGCGAUAGGGACAUUUUUCUUCGUUCUUUGCCUGGUGUUUGGUAGAAAAAUUGCUUAUUUGUUUACAGCCGAUGAACGAGUUGCGGAUACCGUAUCAGAACUUUCUGUAUUACUUUCGUUUUCCGUCUUGCUCAACAGCAUUUAUCCGGUUCUCUCAGGUGUGGCGGUUGGAGCUGGAAUGCAAGGAAUUGUAGCGGUUAUUAACCUCGUUACGUAUUACUUGAUUGGUAUUCCAACAGGAGCUUUGCUCGGAUAUUUGACGGAUCUCCAAGUAAAGGGUAUAUGGAUUGGAAUGAUUGGUGGCAUUGUAACUCAAACACUUGCGCUCAUGUACUUGACAUGGAGAACAGAUUGGGAUGAUCAGGUUAAGAAAUCGCUGGAACGGCUCAAUCGAUUCUACGUGAAAAGCGCUGAUGAAGCUGAGGAAAUUUCAAACUGAUGAUCAUGUUCAUACCAAAUGGUUGAAUCUUUAUAAGCAAUGUAGCAAGUUUUUGUAGCAUCUUUUAUUGGAAUUUCAUUAUAUCUGGGGUGGGGGGUUGAUUCUUUCUUGUUAAGUAGAUGUUCUUUGCUUUCUAUUAUUGAUAAAUAAUGUUUGAUCUAGUUUAGUCCCUGAACUAUUUAUUAUUUACAUCUA